GCGCAGCGCUGCGCGGAGUUUGGAGACGCAACAUCAAGUGGAGCUGAAGUUCUUCUUAUUUUUUGAUUAUUGUCACAUGGAGUGAUUCAUCCUCCAUGCAGGAGGACGCUUCAGACCAGCCGCUCCUCGACCCUCAGCUCAGUAAAUGAGCAGAAGGCGCAGCAGCAUCCAGUCUCAGAGGCGAUGGAGAGCAAAGGUUUACUCCGCUGUAAGAUCGUGGUGGUCGGGGACUCUCAGUGCGGAAAGACGGCUCUGCUCCACGUGUUUGCCAAAGACUCGUACCCAGAGAAUUAUGUUCCCACGGUGUUCGAGAAUUACACAGCCAGCUUCGAGAUCGACAAGCAGCGGAUCGAGCUGAACAUGUGGGACACGUCAGGUGAGGAUCUGAAACUCUGCACUGAACCAAAAUGUUUCCAACUAGUGCCGGUGUGUUGUCUGAAGAAAAGCAUCCCCACAGCAUGA